CCCCCCUCCACCUGCCCAUCCACUUAGCUUAUCUCCACCAUCUUAGCUCAGCUCUUCUCCUCUUCCCACUUUCACUCAUCCGUCUUUCCACCAUUCUGCGUUUCCAGCCUGCAACCACACUUCGCUUGAUCAACUUCCGUUCUCUCCAUCCAUCAACAAUCAACAUGCCUCUCUCGUACAACGUCACUCUGAAGCCCGACGCCUCCCCGGAAAAGCUUGAAGCUGCCAAGGAGGAGGCUGUUGGCAAGGGCGGCACCAUCAAGCAUGAGUACAGCCUGAUCAAGGGCUUCGUAGUCGAGUUUCCUGAUGACCACGUCGAUACCCUGGAGUCCAACGACCACGUCCACGUCGAGAAGGAUGCCGAGGUCAAGACCCAGUAAAUGGACCAUGCCCAGGAGUAUGUAGCUAUGUCCAGCCGAGUGACCACGCGAUUUGACGCCAGUAGCCAGUCGCAGGUCUUUUGCUUCAGCGGCCAUGAUUUGAUACCAACUGGCCUACGCUCGGCGGCUCCACGACUUACUUGAUGUACAUAUUAUUAUUCAGCCCGCGGCCUUGACUGCAAGGAUGACUAUCUUUUCCACACAUCAACAAUGAAGUAACGAAUUACAUGGAAA